AAAGCGAAAACACUUGAAAAUGGACGGAGUAUCGUAGCAGCGAUUCCCGAAGAUCAAAAUCCGGGAGAUGAAAGACGACGAUUUCAUCGCUCACCGUCUCGGCCUCAUCCCGCUCACCAGUGAACGCGUCAUGUCUAUGCGCUUCUCGCGUGAUUGCGACAUACGCGAUGGUCACGGCCAGUGCGAGUUCUGCUCUGUUGAGUUCCAUCAGCGAGCCAAGUGCAUGAUCUAUAUUACGAGCAAGUAUUUGUAUAGUUCGGACCACACGGUGGUUCCUGUGGAUUUCACCGACUCGUCUGGGUAUGAGUCCUCUGAGCAGAGGUACUGACAUUGCUCUCUCUUAAUGCCUUUGCACAUGUGUCUAAUUUAUGUUCCUAAGUUGCUCAGAUGUAUCUAGAUUUUGUUUCCGUGCAAGAUUAAUACAAUAGCACCACUGUUUUAGGAUCUUAGUGGCUUCCUAGUCAUUUCUGUUAUUUUUUCAGUAAUUAUUGGAGAGUAUUUUCAUAAUGAGUUAUAGAUACAAUCCUGCAAAUCACAAAAACCUUCAUGGAAGUGUAAUUUAGAGAGCAUUUUCAUAAUGAGUUAGAUAUAAUAAUCAAUAGAUACCAAUUUGACUAAUUGAAUUUCAGUAGUUUCCUUUUCCACUAUUACAUUUGCAUCUUUGGUAUUUAAAAAGCAUAAUCCCCCUUUUUCUAUGAGAGAACAAAUCCAAUCAUCAGUUAGGUUCUUUUUCAUGUAGCUACCUCAAAUGUUGUUGAUAAGAAUACAGGUUAAAACAGCCUUUAAGUGUCUUCCACAUUAUGAUCCUGCUAGUUGCUGGACUGGAGAUCCCUCUCCAUUCUGCACUGGAAAAUUCAUGAUUAUGUUCAUGCAUAGCGGUCCAAGCUUACCACUCCUUCUAAGGUUGCAGAACAUAUUAUCUCAAUUAUCGAGGAGUUUAACAAUCAUAAGCCCCCAAAGCUAUUGUUGGUUUCUUUGGUGCUGAGGAAAUAAGGACGUAAGCUGCAGCUUCUACAUGCAGGUUUGAAGAAAACUACCUUCCCCAGUCUAUAAGAACUAACAGUGGAGAGGAAUGAGAGCAUGGAGGAGGUAUAGCAUGGUGAUGAAGUGAAGGAUGACAUUGUUUUCACCAAAAUUUGAGUCGUUACAACUUAAGAGUUCUUCCAAGACUAGAAAGCUUUGCUCAGGAUUAGGAAAUUGCAACUUUGAAUUUCCAUCUUUGGAAUAUGUAACUGUGAUGGAGUGUCCAAAUAGGCUGACUUUCUGUGAGGGAGCUAGAAGUAAGCACACCAAAAUUGCAGAAAGUGAAAUUCACAAAAGAUUCACAAGAUGAAAGAAUUUGGCAGGAAGGUGGCCAUAACCCCACAAUACAAUGGUUAUUCACAAAAAAGAGUGGUGAUGAUUCUGAAGAAGACUGGUCUGAUGCUUUGCAUAAGCUGUUCAAUUAAGAUGAUGUUUCAAAAGGUGGGUGGAUUCUUUGAUGCCAUCAACUUUACUGGUUUGAUAUGUUAGCUUUCCCUUCAAAAAAGAUACAUCUCUUUUACAAGCUACCGUAUAUAUUGAUGAUACUUUCUUCCUUAUACGUUGUAUGGUGCACUCCUAAUUAAGCUGAAUUUCGACAGUGUCAAGCUGAACUUUUUCUUGGCACCUAAAAAAUAUUAUUUCAAUUC